ACUGCGUUCCAUUCGUCUGCGCAGACGAGCGUGUUUGAAACGUUUACUCGAGGGUUUGUAAGAAGUUAUCUUUGCUGUGGUAUAGUGGAAGUUCCACAUUUCUAUACAUUUUCUCCUCUCCUAAACGGUAGAGGAGGAAUAACGGGUUUGCGUGCAAUUGUAGUGACCCACAUUAAAUAGUUCCUGACAUAAACUAGGGCUAACUGUAUUCAUUUGCAGCCGUGUUGAUCACGGAACCAACACAGCGAAGUUAUGGCGGAUGUUACUGCCCGUAGCUUGCAGUAUGAGUACAAAGCGAACUCCAACUUGGUCUUGCAAGCGGACCGUUCGCUUAUCGACCGCACACGGCGCGAUGAGCCCACCGGAGAGGUGCUUUCGCUCGUGGGGAAGCUGGAAGGUACCAAGAUGGGGGACAAGUCACAGAGAACCAAGCCACAGCAGCUGGAGGAGAGACGCGCGAAGAGGAGGAAGCGAGAUGAGGAUCGGCACGACAUCAACAAGAUGAAGGGCUUCACGCUGCUGUCCGAGGGCAUCGAUGACAUGGUGGGCAUCGUCUACAAACCCAAGACGAAGGAGACCAGAGAGACCUACGAGAUCCUGCUCAGCUUCAUCCAGGCUGCGCUCGGAGACCAGCCCCGUGACAUCCUCUGCGGCGCGGCGGACGAGGUCCUGGCCGUGCUGAAGAGCGAAAAGAUGCGGGACAAGGAGCGCCGGCGGGAGGUGGAGCAGCUCCUGGGCCCCGCCGACGACACGCGCUACCACGUGCUCGUCAACCUGGGCAAGAAGAUCUCCGACUACGGAGGAGACAAGGAGCUGCAGAACAUGGAUGAUAAUAUUGAUGAGACGUAUGGAGUCAAUGUGCAGUUUGAGUCGGACGAGGAGGAGGGUGAUGAAGAUCAAUACGGAGAGGUGAGGGACGACGGCUCAGAUGAAGACAGUGAGGGAGAGGAGGCCGGCGUGGGCUCUGCACUCUCUGCCAAUCUUGGCAUCACAGGUGACGUCAUGAGUGCUAAGAAGAAGGAUCUGCACCCGCGUGACAUCGACGCCUUCUGGCUCCAGAGACAGCUCAGCCGUUUCUAUGACGACGCCAUCGUGUCUCAGAAGAAGGCUGAUGAGGUUUUAGAAAUCCUGAAGACGGCGAGUGAUGACCGCGAGUGUGAGAACCAGCUGGUGCAGCUGUUGGGCUUUAACACCUUUGACUUCAUCAGAGUCCUUCGCCAACACAGACGCAUGAUCCUCUACUGCACCAUGCUGGCCAGCGCACAGAGCGAGGCGGAGAAGGACCGCAUCAUCAGCAAGAUGGAGGCCGACCAGGACCUGUCCAAAGUGCUGUACCAGCUGCAGGAGACGGAGAAGGAGGACAUCAUCCGCGAGGAGAGGUCCCGCAGAGAGAGGGUGAGGAAGUCGCGAGUGGACGACCUGGAGUCUAUGGACAUCGACCAUGGACAGUCUCUAGCACCACGGCAGCUGUUGGAUCUGGAGGACUUGACCUUCACACAGGGGAGCCACUUCAUGGCCAACAAGCGUUGCCAGCUGCCCGAUGGAUCCUUCCGGAAACAGCGCAAGGGAUACGAGGAGGUGCACGUGCCUGCACUCAAGGCUAAACCCUUUGGCGAUGAUGAGGUGUUGGUAAACAUUGACAAGAUUCCUAAGUAUUCCCAGGCUGCUUUUGAGGGAUUCAAAAGCCUGAACCGCAUUCAGAGCAAGUUGUUCAAGACCGCAAUGGAGACCGAUGAAAACCUGCUCGUGUGCGCUCCCACGGGUGCGGGUAAGACCAACGUGGCUCUAAUGGCCAUGGUGAGAGAGAUUGGCAAACACAUCAACAUGGACGGCACCAUCAACGUGGACGACUUCAAGAUCAUCUACAUCGCCCCCAUGCGCUCGCUGGUACAGGAGAUGGUGGGCAGCUUUAGCAAGCGUCUGGCGAGUUAUGGCAUCGUCGUGUCGGAGUUGACUGGUGACCACCAGCUGUGUAAAGAGGAGAUUAACGCCACACAGAUCAUCGUUUGUACGCCCGAGAAGUGGGACAUCAUCACGCGCAAAGGCGGGGACCGCACAUACACACAGCUUGUGCGCCUCAUCAUCAUUGAUGAGAUCCACCUGCUGCAUGACGACCGUGGUCCCGUGCUGGAGUCUCUGAUCGCUCGUACCAUCCGUAACGUGGAGCUGACCCAGGAGGACGUGCGUCUGAUCGGCCUGAGUGCCACGCUGCCCAACUACGAGGACGUGGCCACAUGCCUGCGAGUCGACCCUGCCAAGGGCCUCUUCUACUUCGACAACAGUUUCCGUCCCGUUCCUCUGGAACAGACCUACGUUGGCAUCACGGAGAAGAAGGCCAUUAAGCGCUUCCAGAUCAUGAAUGAGAUCGUCUACGAGAAGAUCAUGGAGCAUGCCGGAAAGAACCAGGUGCUGGUGUUUGUCCACUCGAGGAAGGAGACGGGGAAGACGGCCCGGGCCAUCAGAGACAUGUGUCUGGAGAAGGACACGCUGGGGCUCUUCCUGAGGGAGGGGUCCGCCUCCACUGAGGUGCUGCGGACUGAGGCCGAGCAGUGCAAGAAUCUGGAGCUGAAGGACCUGCUGCCGUACGGCUUUGCCAUCCACCACGCCGGCAUGACCAGAGUGGACAGGACCCUGACGGAGGAUCUGUUUGCCGACCGGCACAUCCAGGUGCUGGUGUCAACAGCCACCUUGGCCUGGGGUGUGAACUUGCCCGCCCACACAGUCAUCAUCAAAGGCACACAGGUGUACAGCCCAGAGAAGGGGCGCUGGACAGAGCUGGGGGCCCUGGACAUCCUGCAGAUGUUGGGGCGUGCGGGUCGACCCCAGUACGACACGAAGGGCGAGGGCAUCCUGAUCACGUCCCACGGGGAGCUGCAGUACUACCUGUCCCUGCUCAACCAGCAGCUGCCCAUCGAGAGUCAGAUGGUGGCCAAGCUGCCCGACAUGCUCAACGCUGAGGUCGUCCUGGGCAACGUGCAGAACGUCAAGGAUGCAGUGAACUGGCUGGGCUACUCCUACCUGUAUGUGCGUAUGCUGCGGAACCCCACCCUGUACGGCAUCUCCCACGACGACCGCGCCAGUGACCCGCUGCUGGAGCGCCGGCGCAUGGACCUGGUGCACACCGCCUCCAGCGUGCUGGAGAAGAACAACCUCGUCAAGUACGACAAGAGGAGCGGGGCUUUCCAGGUGACAGACCUGGGCCGUAUUGCCAGUCACUUCUACAUCACCCAUGACUCCAUCAUGACCUACAACCAGCUGCUGAAGCCCACCCUGAGUGAGAUCGAGCUCUUCCGCGUCUUCUCCCUCUCCUCCGAGUUCAGGAACAUCACCGUCAGAGAGGAGGAGAAGCUGGAGCUGCAGAAGCUUCUGGAAAGAGUGCCCAUCCCCGUGAAGGAGAGCAUUGAGGAGCCCAGUGCUAAGAUUAACGUGUUGCUGCAGGCCUACAUCUCUCAGCUCAAGCUGGAAGGCUUUGCCCUCAUGGCCGACAUGGUCUACAUCACACAGAGUGCUGGUCGUCUGAUGAGGGCCAUCUUUGAGAUCGUUCUGAGCCGUGGCUGGGCUCAGCUUACAGACAAAACCAUGAACCUUUGCAAGAUGAUUGACAAGAGGAUGUGGCUGUCUAUGUCUCCCCUGCGCCAGUUCCGGAAGCUUCCAGAGGAGGUCAUCAAGAAGAUUGAGAAGAAGAACUUCCCCUUCGAGCGCCUCUACGAUCUCAACCACAAUGAGAUUGGUGAGCUGAUCCGUAUGCCUAAGAUGGGGAAGACCAUCCACAAGUACCUGCACCAGUUCCCCAAACUGGACCUGGCCGUCCACAUCCAACCAAUCACACGCUCCACACUCAAAGUAGAGCUCACCAUCACACCAGACUUCCAGUGGGACGACAAGGUCCACAGCUCGUCGGAGGCCUUCUGGAUCCUGGUGGAGGACGUGGACAGUGAGGUGGUGCUGCACCACGAGUACUUCCUGCUCAAGGCCAAGUACGCCCAGGACGAGCACCUCGUCACCUUCUUCGUGCCCGUGUUCGAGCCGCUGCCCCCGCAGUACUUCAUCCGCGUGGUGUCUGACCGCUGGCUCUCGUGCGAGACGCAGCUGCCCGUGUCGUUCCGUCACCUGAUCCUCCCGGAGAAGUACCCACCCCCCACCGAGCUGCUGGACCUGCAGCCCCUCCCCGUCACCGCCCUGCGGAACGCUGCCUUUGAGAGCCUCUACCAGAACAAGUUCCCCUUCUUCAACCCCAUCCAGACUCAGGUGUUUAACGCCGUGUACAACAGCGACGAUAAUGUGUUCGUGGGCGCCCCCACUGGCAGUGGGAAGACCAUCUGUGCUGAGUUUGCCAUCCUCAGGAUGCUGCUUCACAACGCAGAAGGGCGCUGUGUCUACAUCACACCGAUGGAGGCGCUGGCCGAACAGGUGUUUGUGGACUGGCACCAGAAGUUCCAGGACGCCCUGAACAAGAAGGUGGUUCUGCUGACGGGCGAGACCAGCACGGACCUGAAGCUGCUGGGCAAGGGUGACAUCAUCGUGUCCACCCCCGACAAGUGGGACAUCCUGUCGCGCCGCUGGAAGCAGAGGAAGAACGUGCAGAACGUCAGCCUCUUCAUCGUGGACGAGACACACCUCAUAGGGGGAGAGAACGGGCCGGUUCUGGAGGUGAUCUGCUCGAGGAUGCGCUACAUCUCGUCCCAGAUCGAGCGGCCCAUCCGUAUCGUGGCUCUGAGCUCGUCGCUGGCCAACGCCAAAGAUGUGGCCCACUGGCUGGGCUGCAGCACCACGGCCACCUUCAACUUCCACCCCAACGUCAGGCCCGUGCCCCUGGAGCUGCACAUACAGGGCUUUAAUGUGAGUCACACACAGACGCGACUGCUGUCCAUGGCCAAGCCGGUGUAUCACGCUAUCAUGAAACACUCACCCAGCAAACCGGCUGUGGUGUUCGUGCCGUCACGCCGACAGACUCGCCUCACGGCCAUCGACAUCCUCACCUUCUGUGCCGCAGAUGUCGUACCUCAAAGGUUCCUGCACUGCACAGAGAAGGACUUGGCUCCCUUCGUGGAUAAGCUGACUGAUCUGACCCUGAAGGAGACUCUGUCUAAUGGGGUGGGCUACCUGCACGAGGGCCUCUCUGCUGGCGAGCGCAGGAUUGUAGAGCAGCUCUUUAACUCAGGUGCUGUUCAGGUGGUUGUGGUGUCUCGCUCCCUCUGUUGGGGUUCAAACAUCUCAGCGCACUUAGUGGUUGUCAUGGAUACCCAGUACUACAAUGGCAAAAUCCAUGCCUACGUGGACUACCCCAUCUAUGAUGUUCUACAGAUGGUGGGGAAGGCCAAUCGCCCCCUGCAGGACGACGAGGGGCGCUGCGUCAUCAUGUGCCAGGGCUCCAAGAAGGACUUCUUUAAGAAGUUCCUGUACGAGCCGCUGCCGGUGGAGUCUCAUCUGGACCACUGUCUCCAUGACCACUUCAACGCAGAGAUCGUCACCAAGACCAUCGAGAACAAGCAGGACGCCGUCGACUACCUGACCUGGACCUUCCUCUACAGGCGCAUGACGCAGAACCCCAACUACUACAAUCUGCAGGGUAUGUCUCAUAGGCAUCUGUCGGACCACCUGUCGGAGCUGGUGGAGAACACCCUGCAGGACCUGGAGCAGUCCAAGUGCAUCAGCAUCGAGGAUGAGAUGGACGUGGCUCCUCUGAACUUGGGCAUGAUCGCCGCCUACUACUACAUCAACUACACCACCAUCGAGUUGUUCAGCAUGUCUCUUAACGCCAAGACGAAGAUCCGCGGCCUGAUUGAGAUCAUCUCCAAUGCCGCAGAGUACAAGAACAUUCCCAUCAGGCACCACGAGGACGCCCUCCUCAAACAGCUGGCGCAGAAGGUGCCUCACAAGCUGACCAACCCCAAGUUCAACGACCCGCACGUGAAGACCAACCUGCUGCUGCAGGCCCACCUGUCCCGCAUGCAGCUGAGCGCCGAGCUACAGUCUGACACCGAAGACAUCCUCAGCAAGGCGGUGCGUCUGAUCCAGGCCUGUGUGGACGUGUUGUCCAGUAACGGCUGGCUGAGCCCUGCCCUCGCUGCCAUGGAGCUGGCCCAGAUGGUCACCCAGGCCAUGUGGUCCAAGGACUCCUACCUGCGGCAGCUGCCACACUUCACCUCAGACCACAUCAAGAGGUGCACUGACAAGGGAGUGGAGAGCGUCUUUGACAUCAUGGAGCUGGAGGAUGAUGAGCGUAACGUGCUGCUGCAGCUGGCUGAUGGCCACAUGGCCGACGUGGCGCGCUUCUGUAACCGCUACCCCAACAUCGAGCUCUCCUACGAGGUGGCCGAGAAGGACAUCAUCAAGAGUGGUGGCCCAGUUCUGAUCCUGGUGCAGCUGGAGAGAGAGGAGGAGGUUACCGGUCCAGUCAUUGCACCAUUCUUCCCUCAGAAACGUGAGGAGGGCUGGUGGGUGGUGAUCGGAGACCCCAAGUCCAACAGUCUAAUCUCCAUCAAGAGGCUCACGCUACAGCAGAAGGCCAAGGUGAAGCUGGACUUUGUGGCCCCGGUGCAGGGCGUUCACAACUACACCCUCUACUUCAUGAGCGACGCCUACAUGGGUUGCGACCAGGAGUACAAGUUCAGCGUGGACGUUAAGGAGGCCGACAGCGAGGGAGAGAGCGACUCCGACUGAUCUGGCAUCAGGCCACGCGCCCCGUCAGCUAGAACAGCGCUGUCUGGUCAUAUUCCCAAAUCCUGUGUGUGUGUGUGUCUCUCUGAUCUGAUCCUGGAGCAGAGAAAUGUACUCGUCCCUUACCCCACCUCUUUGUUGUAUAUUGAGAACUGUGGGCCAGUCAAAUACUAGCUGUUUCUCUCUUUCGGUUAAAGCCACACAUGGCAGUUCUGGAGCGCCCGUCUCCAGAAGGGUCGUGUCACGUAGCCUAUAGCACUUGCUAGUGUAAAACAAGUCGUUUAGUGUAAUAAUCGGAAGCUGACGUUGCAAACCAAAAUGUUUUUGGUGUGGUGUGGUGUAGUCCUACAGGCUGCACUCUUUCUUUUAUCCGUCUUUGGUUUCAGGAGAAUGUAACGAGUGUGUUGAGAUGAGUGAUUAAUGCUUAAAGGAAUUGGAAAACACAUUUUUAUAACGAAAGUCUGACCCUGGCUAUGUCUGUUUUGUAGUGUUUUAUGCCAACGUGAAUAAAGUACCGUGAUUAAAAAUGA